GAAAGCAAAUAUCGGUGCUGCUUGCUCAUUUCCUAUUUCGUUGUGGAGGAUACUUCAUCCAAGGAGUUUUUCCUGUCGACAUGUCCCUGGAACAUUAUUAGAGAACUUGAAAACAGGAGUAACUUUGGGACCUGGUGACUUGACAAGGAGGCUGCUGUCCGAAUCCAAUCUUUACAGCAGCAAAUAUGCCCUCGGUGGCGUCAACUGAACGGUUCCUGAAGGACCAUGUGUCUCAGUACGCUCACAAGGACCAGGUGAAGAGUCAAGUACUGGGCACAGUACGAGUCUACAGCGACUUGACAACCAAGAGAGAACCCUACUAUCACCCGGAUGGCACACGAUCAGACUGGCUGAAUAUGGUCGGCACAAUUCCAGUGGUUUUCAAAGGUACCAAGUAUAACAUUCCGAUCAUCAUCUGGAUUCCAGACCAGUUCCCGGCUAAGCCACCGUUAUGCCUGGUACAGCCUACAGCCACCAUGAUAGUACGACCAGGUAGACACGUCGACGCUAACGGCACAGUCUACCUGCCCUAUUUGGAGGACUGGAAGCGGGGCAAGUCUACUCUGGCAGGCCUUGUUCACAUCAUCUGUGGAGUGUUUGGCGAGGAGCCACCAGUCUUCAGUCGUCCGGCCAACCAGCCGUUCAUCACCAGCACCGCCGCACGCCGCACAAGCGGCACUGCCGCCGACGCGACCAUGGUAACCGCGGGUAGCAGUGGAGGGGUCGCUAGGUCGGUAGGUGCUAGCACAUGCGCGACGAGCGUUGCCAUGCCUCAACCACCACCAUCGUUCAGCACUGCCACCUCGCAGCAAUAUCCCAGGAUGGCCUCGGGACACCUAAUUCGUCCAACAGUGGCAAUGCCUGCCACCACACAGGCUCACACAAGCAGCAAUCCACCUGUGUUCCAUCCUAUGCCUAGCAUGGUACCUACACAUGGGCCACCCGGGGCAGGUACGGCCCUGCCCAACCACGGGCAGGCCCCGGUCGCACCCGUAGCCACCGCCGGUACAACACCCUAUCCUAAUCUAUCACGGUUGCCCGGCCAACAGGCGCAGCCAUCGUUACCGUCGGUAACGCAGUCCAGUGGGGGAGGGUAUGCGGCCAGCUCUGGUCCUCCCAAUCCAGGCCAUGUGCCAUUCCCGGCAGCUAAUGCUGUUGCUGCUCCUGGCCCUGGCUAUCCGAGUUCAGCGCAGCCUGGUAUAGGGCAGCAGACACCGUAUCCACAACAAACCUACUUCCAGCCGCCGCCACAACCUACAGGCAGUGGCUUCGCACAGGCUCCACAUUCUGGUGGUCUUCAGCCAGUUAGCUAUCCCGGUCACCUCUCCGGUCAUUUAGCAGGCAGCAGUCCUGCCACAACGGGGAGCACAACAGCCGGCGCAAACACGACAUAUAGUGCUGGUGCCGGCGGCACUGGCAUGGCAACGUCCUCACUGGCCAUGUCCUCGUCCAAUGCCCUCGUGCCGGGGGUCGGUGGAAGCUCGUCAACAGGCAGUCUAGAAGCUACCACAGUCAAGGCCAGCCUCGUGUCCGCCGUCGAGGAUAAGCUGCGCAGGAACUUGGCCAGCUCGGAGCAAGCCGCACAGGAGGACUUGUCUCAACUCAGUGGCACACACUCAGAGCUGGUGGACGGUGGUAAUCGCUUGCAACAGAUGAUUGAUGAGAUGUCUGCAAAGCAGAAUGAGCUGCGAGCGUCGAUUGAGGAGCUCAAGGCUUGCCAAUCAGAAGUACACACUGCUAAUGAUCGUUUGCAGAAACUGACGGAUGAGCAAGCCAAUGUGGACGCCAUUGUUGUGGCUGAUUAUCCAUUACAUAGACAAAUUCUAGAUCUACUUGCUGAGGACAAUGGCAUUGAGGACACCCUGUACUAUCUUGGUGAAGGACUGCGCAGAGACACUAUUGAACUGGAUGUAUUCCUCAAGAAUGUACGUGAGCUGUCGCGUCGUCAGUUCUUCUUGAGAGCUCUCAUCACCAAAGCCGUGGCGACAUCGCGCACGUAUGAGGAUGCGUGAUCUUUCAUUAGGGGUAUGCACGACAGUUCUCUGUGCUUGUAUGGACAUGCCACACUGUGGGGCAUUACGUGUGAGCGGGUAUGCUUUCCGUGUUCUGCAUCCGCCGCCGACCAGUUGAGCUACAGCCAUGGCGCUGCUGUGUUGUGUACCAUUCGCCUGUUGACUUUUCCACCCUGGCCGUCACUCACACUCUCCAAUAUCCGAUUGUGUGAGCGAAUCAGUGCACUCACACCACGCCUUUGUGCACACUUCUAUGUGAAGUAGGAGGUUGUCACACGCCCUGUAGCACUGGUUCCUGCCGUGCACAAACACUGCUGAAACAGUAUAAUUAUGCUGGUGCAAGUGAAUAUUGUGUACAUUGGGGACACAAUAUUGUUUUCUUCGGUCAUUCUGCUUCACUGCUAUGAGUUCUUCAUCAGUGGAAGAGACACGCUGAAUGGUUUGUUACUCCAUUUUUUAUGUUGGUCGCCGGGUGCAUAAAAUAAUAUGUGUGUGUGUGUGUGUGUGUGUGUGUGUGUGUGUGUGUGUGUGUGUGUGUGUGUGUGUGUGUGUUUGUGUGUGCGCACGUAUGUGAGUGUGAGUUUUUGUGUGUGUGUGUGUGUGUGUGUGUGUGUGUGGGAGCGCUUGCAUGCCUGAGUGCUUGCGUGCCUGUGCAUGUGCCAAUUUUUUCUCCCCGUAAUACUUGCAUGACAGCAACCAUGCAAGUUUGUGUGUAGCCUUGGUGAUCUCUUCCGUUUUCGCUUUUUCUUUAUUUCUUCGUUGAGAAACAAUACUUUUUUUGCAGGGCAUUGUGGCAAACUCGCUGCAAACAUGCGACAUCAGUGCAUCUUUCCACAGCAUUCUCAUUAGGCACGUUACAUGAAAAUAUUCUACUUUUUAGAGCGAUUUUAUGGCUGAAAAUCGCCCGCCAUAUUCCUAUUGUAUCCAACAUAUAACACAUUACUCAUUUGAAGACAUAGCUGUCUUUCUUUCUUUUUUUUAAUCUAUAGUUCUUUUGUGUCGCUGUGUAUUUUCUAUGUUUCACUGACCAUCUGUGUCCGCCUGCCGUCUCCUCCGAACUAUUGCUACAUGCUACAAGAACAUGACUUGCAGUGACAAGUACCAUGGCAUCUUACA